AUGGAGAAAAAGGAGUCGGACAAGAAAGUCUCCCAUCACGCCAAGGACCACAGACUUGCUCUUGAAAACAGGGGCAGUGGCCAUGUUUCUCAUGUCGAGGUCAACGUGCUUAACGGUUCGAGUAUCAGACUAGAUCGAGAGUCACCAUUGUACGUAUUCACGAGUCAUUUUCGAUAUGAAAGGAUCCUUCGGACAGGCCAAAAGAUGGGCACACCAGUUAGAGGUGAUGAAUUCCUCAUCAUGGUUGACAUUUCACGCUCUGCUAUAUUCAUCAACAUCGUGGAUGAACUCCUCAUCGACCCAAGCAAGCUCUUGGUUCAGAUGGGUUCACAAGGAAGUUUCACUACAAGGACUAUUUGA